GUGGUUAGUCAAGAGCACAGUGGUAAAAUUCCCCUGAGGAUCACAGCAGCUGUUGUGAUGUGGCAUUUGAAUCUUCAGGAAUAGUUAUUCAUUUUCAGCAUGGGGAUAUUUGUUAAUUUGCUCCUGGGUUUAUGCGCUCUGCAUCUGUUUAUCAAUUUUACUGUGGAUGCAUCCAGGAGGCCAUGGACAACUGCUGACAACAGGGGGGCUAGGGCAAGGAUGGCCAGAGCUGCAAACAAUCCCAUACCCAGACCAACACCUGUAAACUGUAGACUGACAAACUGGAAAAGUUGGACCCCUUGUGACUCCUGCACAGACAUACAGUUCCGUUUCCGAUACUUGGAGAAACCGUCACAGUUUGGAGGUGAGAUGUGCGGUGAUUUGUGGGAGAGGCUGAAAUGCCCAGCAGCAACCACAAACUGUUCGGUGCCAGAUUACUGCGGAGCGAGCUUCACCUGCCCAGAAAGCGGGCGCUGUAUCAGCAAUUCACUUCUGUGUAAUGGAGAGUCAGACUGUGGCAGUGGGUCUGAUGAGGAACACUGUCAAAAGGUCAACCAAAGAAAGGACAAGUGUUCCACCUUAAUGCCGAUCCCUGGCGCUGAGCGCGGCACACUGGGGUAUAAUAUCUUGACUGGAGAUUUUAUGAAUCAUGUACUUGACUCAAAUUACUUUGGAGGACAAUGUGAAUAUGUCUAUAAUGGUGAAUGGAGGAAAUUCACUUACGACUCAUUCUGUGAGAACCUGAACUACAAUGAGAACUAUAAAAACUACCGGAAACCUUACAACUAUCACACCUACCAUUUUGUGGCUCAAGCUACUUCACAGGGCUCUCAUGAGUUCUAUGAAGAUGUGGCGAGUCUGCUGAAAGCGAGGCAAACUCUGAAAUCUUCCAGUGGCGGUGUCACAAUCGGGAUCAGUAAAGUGGAAGGUGGAAUAAGUGGAAGUGGCAGCUCUCUGUUUCUCAACAACAUAACACAGUUUAACAGCCAGGACCGAGGGUUUAUCAGGCUUUGGUCCAAAGUGCAGACAGCCCGGUUCAAGAUGAGAACCAAUAAGCUGGUGCUUCAUGAGGAAUUCCAAGCUUCACUCAUGGAGCUCCCCGAGCAGUAUGACUUUGGGGUGUACUACCGCUUCUUUAAUGCGUUUGGCACCCACUAUGUCACAGAGGGAACUAUGGGAGGAACCCUUGAAUAUGUUGCAGUUCUCAACAAAACUGCCAUGGCAAAUUCAGAGCUUACUGCUUCAGAAACUGAAUCUUGCCUUGGUGCCUCUAUUGGUUUAAGCAAUCCACUUGGCGCCCAGACUGCACUAGAUCUCAAACUGAAAGGGAAUUCAUGCGGAAAAGAUGGAUCGUUUGAAGAUGGAAAGAAGUCUGAUUCUUCUGUGAUUGAGGAUGUUUUGACCUUGGUGAAGGGAGGAGUCACAUCCAGCAGCAGUGGCCUGUUAGCUAUCAAGAAUCCGGAGACCUACAGGAACUGGGGAGCGACUCUCAAAUACAACCCAGCAGUCAUCGAAUAUGAGAUCAUGCCAAUCUAUGAGCUAGUGCGCCUCAGCACAGUCGCUGACCAUGUAGGUGAAAGACUGGCCAACUUGCGGAAGGGCUGGGAUGAGUAUGUGCAGCAGUUUCACUCCUGUCGCUGCGCCCCCUGCAGGCAUAAUGGGAUCCCUGUCCUCUCUGGUACCUCCUGCAGCUGCGUCUGUAAGUCCGGCUACUUCGGAGACUCCUGUGAACAGACUCACAGACGAGAUACCAAGACAGACGGGUCGUGGACGUGCUGGGGGUCCUGGUCACCCUGUUCAUCAGGGGAGCAGACUCGGGGAAGGAACUGUACUAAUCCCGCACCUGAUGGGGGCGGAGCACAGUGCCUGGGCUCCUCCUCUCAGAGUCAACUCUGUUGAAGUGAAGUUCCUUCUAGAUUCCAGGGUAAAGAUGUCGAGUACAAAGAAGUGAGCGCAAGGGUCACGUCAGAGCCCUCAAAAAUAAAAUGACACCUGCCUUUCCCAGAUCACACUGUGUGACAUACUGAAUAUCAAAGCAGUAAUAAACGUGUGUUGUGCAGA